UGCGGGCGCCGCGGUCCGCCGGGUGCGAGUGGGGCCGGGUCCGGCGCUGCCGGUGGGAUGACCGGGGCCGAGGAGCCGGCGAGGCCGAGCGGCCGUGGGCCCGGAGGAGGAGGAGGGGAGGGGGCGAAGAAAAGAAAGAAAGAAAUGUCUUCUAAGUCAGAGAAAAGGCCAGAAAGUGAGGCCAGACCUCCAGGGGUGACAGCAAAGCCUCAGGGACAAGACAGCGAAGAAGAGGGCAUGUUCCAGAUUGGGAAGAUGCGAUAUGUCCGAGUGUCCUGCUUCAAGGGGAAGGUCCUCGUGGACAUCAGGGAGUUCUAUGUGGACAAGGAGGGAGACAUGAAGCCGGGGAGGAAAGGGAUUGCCCUGUCUGCAGAACAGUGGAACCAGCUGAAGAAAAUCAUUCCUGAUAUUGAUGCUGCAGUCAAGAUAUUCUAAGACGAAGAAUGUUGGACACCUUCAGUCAGUUUCUUUCCCUUUGAAUGCACUGAGAAUCCUAGGGCCAAGAAUUCCUACCCGGAGCUUUUCCCUCGCCUGGCUGGGGCUUCGUCAUUGAGGUGGUGGUAAUGCUAAAAAGGCCAGAGACUCUUCUUAUUUUCAAGAACUAGCUUGUAAUGAGCAGGUGGAACUAGAGCCAGCGCUGUGAAGUAAGACUAAGGCACUUCUGCUCUCAAGCAGCCUUGAGGUCUGUGCUAGUGAGGGAACCAUGACUCCAGCCUGGCUUUCCAGGGGUGGAUGGCUGGCAGUCUACCCUGUGGAGUGAUUUGACUGCUCCGCAUCUGUUACUGUCUUCCACUUGGUUGGGUGUUGAGUAAGAUGGCUUUUGUAUACUUCAUGUUGGCAUAUUCUGUGUUUCUUCCACAUGCCGUUUUGGCUAUUCCAAGUACUUUCUGUGUUUGUGGGACUUUUUUUUUUUUGAGUGAAGAAGGGUGUUGUUAUACUUCAGCAACUGGUUUGUUUGUAGAGGGUGAAUACGCACAAUAAAUGUGUUUGCAUUA